UUAAUACAGUUGUGAAGCUUUCUGUUUUUAAUGCAUUCUGUUUUUUUAGUUGACUAAUGGAGGCCUUCGAUCAUAGCCUCAACACCUUCUUUGGGUCAUGGUUGGGCCCCAGAGACCAGCGGGUGCGGGGUUGGCUGCUACUUGACAACUACUCCCCGACCUUUACCCUCACCUUGGUGUACCUUGUGGUGGUGUGGACCGGCCCUAAGUACAUGAGACACAGGCAGCCGUACUCGUGCAGAGGACUCCUUGUGUUUUACAACGCGGCCCAGACGCUCUUGUCCCUCUGCAUGUUCUACCAGCUUGUUGCUGCUGUGUGGCAAGGAAGCUAUGACUUCUACUGCCAAGAUACACACAGCUCACAGGAAGCGGAUGACAAGGUCAUGAAUGUCCUGUGGUGGUACUACUUCUCCAAGUUCAUUGAGUUCAUGGACACCGUCUUCUUCAUUCUGCGGAAGAACAAUCACCAGAUCACCUUUCUUCACGUCUACCACCACGCAAGCAUGUUUAACAUCUGGUGGUUUGUCAUGAACUGGCUUCCUUGCGGCCACACAUAUUUCGGGCCUUGCCUCAACAGUUUCGUCCACACGGUCAUGUACUCCUACUACGGCCUGUCAGCCAUCCCCUCGAUACGGCCGUACCUCUGGUGGAAGAAGUACAUCACACAGCUGCAGCUGAUCCAGUUCCUAUUAACAGUGUUGCAGACGAUGUGUGCCGUCAUAUGGCCGUGUGGUUUGCCCUUAGGAUGGCUCUACUUCGAAAUAUCUUACAUGCUCAGCCUUGUGUUCUUUUUCUCCAACUUCUACUAUCAGACGUACAAGAAACACAAAGGGGACAACGAGGCUGGGUCUUCGCUAUCAAAAAACCGACACGCAAACAGGACGCCAUCCCAGGAACACAAUGCACACAACAAAGACAAACUGAGAAUGGACUGACCUUUUAAGAGACUCGGUUGUCACUAUAGCUGGUUGGCUAUUGCUGCUGGUAGACAUUUCAGUGGAGUAUAUUGCAUUUAAUUAUUUCCAUACUUUAUUUAAACAAACUAGCAUUUUGACAGGUCUAAGGAGCCUUUCCAUGAAUACGUGAAAGCUCCUGUGACCGUGAGGGAAAUUGGAAGCACGCAGCGUUUGCUGUGGGAUCGUCCUUGAUGUGUGUAACACGAGCACGCUCCUUGAAUCCUGCCUGUCUGUGCUGUUGCAUAACCCCAAAAUACUCUGUCCUCUAGGCAUAAGAUGCUUAUCGCACAAUAACGAUAUUGAUUGUAAAUUGGGCUGUCAAAGUCAAUGCUUAAUUAAAGAUUAAUCCAUCAAUAUUAGUCAUCUCAUUUAAAUACAAAUAAGUGACAUAUAUUUAAUAUUUUGUCAUACGCAUACAUACAGUCGUGGUCAAAAGUUUACAUACACCUGUGAAGGACAUACUGUAAUGUCAUGGCUGUCUUGAGUUUCCAAUAAUUUCUGACAUCUGACAUCACAAGGACAAAGAUAAGACCUUCUGGAGGAAAGUUCUGUGGUCAGAUGAAACAAAAAUGUUGCUGUUUGGCCACAAUACCCAGCAAUAUGUUUAGAGGAGAAAAAGUGAGGUCUUUAAUCCCAGGAACACCAUACCUACCUUCAAGCAUGGUGGUGGUAGUAUUAUACUCUGGGCCUGUUGUGCUGCCAAUGGAACUGGUGCUUUACAGAGAGUAAAUGGGACAAUGAAAAAGGAAGAUUACCUCCAAAUUCUUCAGGACAACCUAAAAUCAUCAGCCUGGAGGUUGGGUCUUGGGCGCAGUUGGGUUUCUCAACAUUACAAUGACCCCAAACACACGUCAAAAGUGGUAAAGGAAUGGCUAAGUCAGUGUAGAAUUAAGGUUUUAGAAUGGCCUUACAAAAGUCCUGACUUAAACGUCUGGACAAUGCUGAAGAAACAAGUCCAUGUCAGAAAACCAACAAAUUUAGCUGAACUGCACCAAUUUUGUCAAGAGGAGUGGUCAAAAAUUCAACCAGAAGCUUGUGGAUGGCUACCAAAAGCGCUUUAUUGCAGUGAAACUUGCCAAGGGACAUGUAAGCAAAUAUUAACAUUGCUGUAUGUAUACUUUUGACCCAGCAGAUUUGGUCACAUUUUCAGUAGACCCAUAAUAAAUUCAUAAAAAAACCAAACUUCAUGAAUGUUUUUUGUAUGUGCUCCAAUCACUCUAUCACAAAAAAAUAGGAAUUGUAGAAAUUAUUGGAAACUCAAUACAGCCAUGACAUUAUGUUCUUUACAAGUGUAUGUCAACUUUUGACCACGACUGUAUAUACAUACCUUUCUUUCUUGAGUUGCAUUGCUAAUGCGAAAUGAAACAUGGUUACUAGUAAUAAAGAUUAAAAAUGAACGAUAUUCAAUCAAGAUUAAUCGCAAAUAAUCCACAGCAACCCUGCGAUUAAUCUGAUUAAAAUUGUUAAACACCAAUAUUAAUCCAACGCAUACAAAUGCACAUCUUUUUAAUGAGACUGGAGCUUAUUUAGAGAAAUAUUACUGUAUUAUUUUUUCCCUCUCAGAUACUGUAUGCACAUCAGCUGUUGAAUAUGAAGUAUGGAGCUCAAUAGAAAUUCCUCUUGGUUCUGUAAAUAUGGUACUGAACCUUCAUGGACAUGUUUAUUUUGUUGCUAAUGUCAUGCACAUUCACAUUGGCCCACUCAGUACCUACAUUAUACCUAUGACAUCAUGAGGAGUGGACAGUGAUGAAUACUUAUUUAUGUAUUAGUUUUCCUUAUUUAUGUGAUGAGACCUAUUGUUGCUCUUAUUACUAAUACAAACUCAUUUCACACAUGCAGUCUCACCCACAUCCAAUUUGAGAUUAAAAAAUCCAACUGGUGCUUUUUUUUUUUUUUUUUGCUUAUUUAUUAUUAUUCAAUAUGGUGUUUGGUUAAGCUUCAAACAAUGUACACAUUGUACAUGGUUGUUGGAAUAAAUAAUGCUAGUACUUCACAGAUGUUGCAUUUGUGCUUGUGUCGGAAUAGAAAUUAUCUUCAAAGAUAUUGAAC